AUGAGCCGAACUACCUCUCCAGCUCGGCCUACUGUCGAUCACUUGCGAGCGAUCGUCAACAGUUACCCCAUCAUCGACAAUCAUGCGCACAACCUUAUCCUACCUUCACACAUAGACACAAUACCAUUCGAAACCAUCACCACGGAAGCACAGGGAAGAGCCUUGAGAGACACGUUCAAGUCGCUUUCCCACCUACGAGCAGCCAAGCAACUGCGCCAGCUGUACGAGUGUGGAGAAGAUGCAGACUGGGAAGAGAUCCUCGAACAGAGAGUGGAAUGGCUCCGGAGCAACUCUGAACGCCUACACCAACGGUGCUUUGAGAAUGUGCACGCGAUACUCAUUGAUGAUGGGCUGGCUUUGCCAGACAAGGUCUUUCCGUACAGCUACCACGACCGCUACACAAAGGCGCCCACCAAACGCAUUGUGCGCAUCGAGACAGUGGCCGAACGGCUGAUGGAAAGCCUCCUUCGGGAUGCCACGGAAGAUGACCUGAUCAAAACCAAAUUCCUGCCCAAGGUCUGGACGAAAUUUACAGAAGAAUUUGAGCGAGCAAUGCAGGAUGCCGUAGAAGACAAUAAUGUCGCAGGCUUCAAGUCUGUCAUUUGUUAUCGAACCGGUCUGGAUAUCGAGCCUGAAUACGAAGAGGCUGCAAAAGCAGUGGGACACCCCUUUGAGCGCUACGUCAAGAAUUGCAUCCGCAAACGAAGCUAUCGCAUUGAAAAGAAGCACCUCAAUGACUACCUGGUGCUGCGAACCCUGGAGAUUCUUUCAGAGCGACUGCCACACUCGGAUUCACUGGCAAAGCCGUUUCAGCUACACACUGGCCUGGGCGACAACGACAUCAACUUGCUAGAAUCGAAUCCUGCCUUUCUUCAGCCGUUGAUAGAGAAUUAUCCACAAGUGCCUUUUGUCAUCCUCCACUCGGCAUAUCCCUAUACGCGCGAAGCCGGCUACCUCGCAACUGUCUAUCGACAUGUGUAUUUGGAUAUCGGCGAGAUUUUUCCCAUGGUCAGCAGAGACGGCCAGAAGGAGGUUUUGCGACAGGCCUUGGAGCUGGUCCCUGGAAGCAAGCUCCUUUACUCUAGCGAUGGUCACUGGUUUCCUGAGACGUUCUGGCUCGCCAAUAUCCAGUUCCGUGAGGCGUGGCUUGAGCUGCUUCUCGAGUACGUUCAGAAAGGAGAUCUGACUCCCCACCAAGCCAUUGGUAUGACAAAAGAUAUCAUGUUCAACAACUCCAACGUCCUUUACGACCUGCGCUAUGAGGCAGUUUUUGACGAAACCGUCCAGUUGUCGCCGAGACAGCUAACAUACAACAUGAAGCCCACUGGAGUCCCGCCGUAUCAGCCAUCAACAACACCACCAGGACCUGGUAUGCCUGCAUUCGACCAGGCUGCGACAUCUGGGCGUGCCAGCCGAUCAGCCUCUCCUUAUGUACAACCAGCUUUCCCCCCACCACCAAAGGUGCCGCAGGUAUACGACCUGCAGGUGCUUGAAAACUUCAAGCAAGAAAACCCCGGAAUCAAGUUCAUCUACGUGCAAUGGCUAGACUACAUGGCCACGGUCCGCAGCCGUAUUGUUCCUAUCAAAGAAUUUACGCGUAUGAUUACCGAAGGCGAGCGCAUAGGUAUAUCACAGGGCAACACUGGCACUCUGCAAAACGAUAAGCCAACUCCAGUCAUGAACACUACUGGACAAAUUUAUGUUGAGCCUGACUUGCGCUCCCUUCGACGAACGCACAACAAAGACCCUCUUCCAGCUGCUACGGUGCUCAGCUACUGGCGCUCAGAAAAUGGCUCUGCCCUCCCGGAAGAUCCUCGCCACAUUCUGGAGACACUGAUCAAUGGCCUGCAAUACAACUACUCGACGACUCUUCUGAUUGGAUUCGAAAUUGAAGUCACGUUCCUCUCCAGAAACCCGCCCUCAUCAUCCACCAACCCCUUCCAAGCGGAGCCCUACUCGCCGAUAACAAAAACACACGCAUGGGGUACCAUGACGCCAGAACAAUGGGUCCAGCUACCGUUCCUGAGCGAAAUCGUGCUCGCCCUCGAAGACAUGGGCAUCGAGAUCCAGCAAUUCCACGCCGAAUCCGGCCAGGGCCAAUAUGAAUUCGUGCUGCCACCGCAGCCGCCUCUACUGGCCAUCAACACGCUCAUCCAAGCUCGCCAGACAAUUGCCCAGAUAGCCAGUCUACAUGACCUGCGAGCAACUCUGCAUCCACACCCGUUUGACGGCAUCGGCACCGCGGCUCACGCCCACGUUAGUCUGCACCCGCCAGACCGCGACUUGCAGUUCUUUGUCGGAGGCGUCCUCCGCCAUCUCCCCGCCAUCUGUGCCUUUAGCAUGCCGCAGGAAGUCAGCCGAGGGCGCGCAGUUCCCACCCUGUAUCCCGAAGGCGACGUCGCUGUGAAUCCCUCGACGCUCGACGACCAGGCCCGCGCUGCGCUGGGCGUCGUGCAUGCGUUGCCGCGUAGUCUGCAUGAGGCGCUGGAUGCGUUGGCGCGGGAUGCAGCGUUGAAUGAGGCGUUGCCGCCGCCGUUGGUACGGGAUUAUCUGCGCAUGAAGGCGACUGAGGGCGACAUGUUGGCGGGUAUGUCGGAGGGUGAGCGGAGGGUGUUUUUGAUUGAGAGGUAUUGA